CACCUUCAAAAAAAUAAACAAAGUUAUAAAAAUCCUUGAAGUAUUCGUAUUAUUAUGUCAAUUUAGUUAUUAAUAAUGGAAGAAGAAAAACUUAUUCGGAAGAAGAAAAAAGCUUUGAACGGAAGUAAUAGACGUGCAUAUGCUGAGGCAUGCAAUGAUUUAGCUACUUAUUACUACAAAAAUACUAGAUAUAGUGACGCUCUCGAUGAGUAUAAGAACGAGGCUGCCGUGUGUAAGGAAUUGGGCUUACGAAUGGAGUGGGGAACUUGUAACCGAAUGAUAGGCGAGAUGUUCAUGCUUCUUGCUGAAUUUGACAAAGCUCUUAAAUAUGAGGAACGACACUUAGUUGUUGCAAAGGAAUUAAAUAAUUUAGUAGAAGAACAAAGAGCUAUGGCAACAUUAGGAAGGAUCUACCUUCUCCAAGGACAGAGCACUUCUGAUAACAGUGAGACCAAAACAUCAUUGACAGCUGCAGAGAAGGCAUUCAUGAAGAGUCUUGUUCUUUGUGAAAAAUUAAAUGGAAAAAUAAAUAAAACAGAAUUAAUGGAUAUGAGAGCUAGGCUCCUCUUAAACAUAGGUGUUGUUCAAGAACACUUAGGCAAUUUAGACAAAGCUAUAGAUUGUAUCAAUAAAUCAAUAACAAUUUGCUCAAACCAGGAUCUAUAUGAAGUUUUACAUAAUUGUUAUACAACUCAAGCAUUAUUAUAUUGUAAUAAAAUAAAGGAUUAUGCAAAGGCUCUUAGUUGUCUGAACAAAGCUUUAGAAGUUGCAAGUAGAUUGGAAGAUAAGAUUUUAAAAACAUGUGAGACAUUAUCCUCAAAAGCUGAAAUACUGUGUAAGAUGUCUGACUAUCAAAGUGCAAAGCAAGUAUUGUAUAAAGCGUGGAAAUUAAAGACUCCAGAUGAAGAUGAAAGAGAUAAUAUUGAAACCAAUUUGAGAGUUGUGGCAGCAAUGUGUUACACAGAAGACCUGAUAAUCUCAACAGACCCGUCUGAUUAUCCUACUUUUAAGAAGUUGUAUGAAAAGCUUGGAGAUGGAGCUUGUCAUCUGAAGAAUUAUGCUGGAGCUAUAGAAUAUUAUCUUAAGAUGUUGGAUCAUGCUGAACUCGCUGGUGACUGCGGAAAAACCUUGAUACCUAUUUAUGUCAGUUUGUACCAAACAUACAAAGAUAUGGGAUGUUUCAAUGAAGCCCUCCAGUAUUAUUACAAAGAGUAUGAACUAAUAAAGGAUGUACCAAAGGAGGCAUUUACCACAUUAUACAAUAUCGCAGAAGUAUCAUUCCUAGCAAAGAAACCAUAUGAACAAAUUGAAAAAGCUUGUCUAGAGGCUAGAGAUGCUGCACGCGAAUGGAAUAAAAAGAAAUACGAAAUCAGAGUAUUGAAAAAUUUGCUUAAAUAUCAAGAGGCAUAUGGAGAGAUCGAUAAAAUGGAGACCACGACAAGUGAACUCCAAGGCCUCGGUUAUUCUGAUGAAGGGUCCGAAGAUGAGAUGAGUUCCGCUGGUGGCUGCGAAGAGGAUACUACUCAUAUUGGUGAUGACAUAUGUCUUGAUGAUUUGACAGAUCUAUCGGAUACAAAUGAAGAAGACGCGUUAGAGACGAAACGCGAAACAAGGCGGAGAGGAAAAGGAUUUGCGAUAAAGAAAAAUAUGAAAGGAGAAACGCAAUUACAUGUUGCAUCCAUAUCAGGCAAUAAGUUGCUAGUCGAGCGUUUAUUGGCGAAGGGGCAUCCAGUUAAUGUAAGGGAUAACGCUGGCUGGUUACCCUUACACGAAGCGUGCAUACACGGACACGUUGAAGUUGCCAAUAUAUUAAUAAAUCAUGGAGCUAAUGUCAAUGAUAGAGGCGGGGUUAAUUGUGAUGGCAUCACACCUCUAUACGACGCCGCAAGCAAUGGACACCUAGAAGUUGUACAACUUUUACUCGAAAAAGGAGCAAUACCUACUCUUAAAACUGACUUUGGCGAAACGCCAUCUCGUGUUCUACAAAAAUGGCGAACGGGCACAAUCCUAACUAAAGACGAGGAACUUUUAUAUAAUAAUAUAUGUAAUAAAAUUAAUAACGUCGCAGAUAAAGCGACCGAUAUUCUGCGCAGAUCCAAAUCUAAAACACCCGUCAAACGUGUACAAGAAACAUCUCCACCUAGCACUUCUAAAACGAGAACUAAAGAUUUGGGGACCCCAAUCUUCAAAAGGAGGAAUAUUAUUGACGAUGACAGCGAUACAGAAAUUAAUUUAUCGCAGAAUGUCAGAAACCAAACCGCUUUCCCAUCAGACGACUCACAAUCAGAGGAGGAGAUACAAAAAGACAAUGUAUCAAGUGUACUAGAAUAUAGAAAUGCUAUAUCUGCUCUAAGAAAUAGAAACAUUGAUAUGCCAAUUGAGAAAGACAAGAAAAUGCAAAAAUCUGCGUUAUUAGACCCUACAGAAGUAGAUGAUGACUGGUUAGACGAUGAUUUGGGAAUAGUGAACAAAAAUAAGAAAAGAAAACUCACCGACCCCUUAGAUAGUUUACCCAAAAAAACGGCUAUAGAUAAUUUGAGAACUAGCAUCGACAAUUUAAAUAAAAUUGAACCAUUAUCAGACAACGGAAUAAAUAUGAACAAAAAUAAGAAAACGAGACUAAACGAAAUAGUUGACGUUAGUGAAAAUAGCUCCGACUCAGACCAGUUUCAAAGAGAUGAAAACGUUAAUCCAAAGAAUGAGAUUAUGAGAAAUCUGAUAAACGACUUUAAUAAUAAACCAAAAGACACCAGAGAGAGUAUGAAGAAACGCUGGAAGCGACAAAGCACGCUAUUUAAAGCGGGCUUCCAAAGGAGAAGAGACUCUAGCAAUAGUGGAAGUGAUACUGAAUUUGAAAGGAAUCCCAGAUCAACACCAGUUGCAUUUACUAGAAAAUCCUCUAACGAAAACUUUGGGUCCGUUAACUUUACAAGAAAAUCGUCCAACGAUAAUUUUGGUACCAACGACGGCUUUAAUUUCGUCAAUAGUAUUGUACAACCAAUGAAUGUCAUACAACCAAUAAAAAUAGUCCAGCCGAAAAAUGGUAGGGCGAUGCAGAUAUUGCCACCUGCGGCUGUCAAAGUGAAGGUUGAGGAUAAAGUUCUGCUGAUAUCUUUGAAGCUGGAUACGAUAAACAAAUUGACAAUCAGCUGGCUGGUUGAAGAGGUCAAGGCGCGGUAUUAUAAAUUAACAGGAGUUCGUCCAGUGUUUAGUUUAAUGACGUCAGAUGGCGCCAUCCUAUCAGAGGAUGAUCCUUUAAGUCUAGUACUAUCUUCUCCGGAGCUGAACACUUGCAUCAGUAAUUGGAAAGCGUCUCCGGCUGAGGAAAGAUAUCUGGAGUGCUGUGAUGCUUUGGGAAUUCCACCUUCCCAGGAAUUACAACAAGCAGUAGGCCGAAGUCACACAACCAGACGUCUAGCCCUCGGCACACAAACACUUCCCCCAUCACAAAUCCGGCCGUUGUUCCGUGCACUUACCCAUCAGACACACAUAACAGCUCUAAUGCUAUCCAACAACACUAUUAAUAACGAAGCCAUAAAAUAUUUAUCCGAAAGUCUCUCAACGAUGAAACAUUUGACAUUGAUUGAUCUUAGUAAAAAUAAUCUCACCGGAGAUGCUGUUAAAAUUUUGCUUAAUAUUUUUGAGAAAUCAAAUCGUCCGGCCUGUCAAGCCAUUGAAGACAUAGACCUGAGUCAUAACUCAAUAAAUGAUGACGGUUUUCAAUCGAUUUUAAAACUAACCCAAUAUUUACGACUUAAAUCGCUGAAACUCAGUAACUGUGGUAUAACAGAUAAUGCGCUUAAAGAUGUAAACGGUUCACAAAUUAACUUUGAUACUAUGGAAGUGAUCGAUUUGAGUAAUAAUGAUCUGAAAAUGGUCGUUAUAAGUAAUUUGUUGACAAUACUCAAUCCUAAUGUGUUGCUUGAAUUGGAAUUUAAUGAUGUGGGCGCGGAAGGGAAUGUGGUGGGAAGUUUGGCGAACUUCAUGGAUACGGCUAAAGAGUUAAAACUGCGAAGGUUUAGUCUGUCCGGGUGUAAAUUGGUGGAUGGACAGUUUAUGAGGAUAUUCAGAUCUCUCGGCAGGGCCAAAAACCUACAAAGUGUGACGUUAAAGAGCAACCUCCUUACAUUUAUUACAUUGAAAAAAUUGCUUCAACGCCAACCGCCCGUGCCACAGAUAAACCUAGAGGGUUGCCAGGAUAUUUUUAAAUACUCCCCAGACUCCGAUUUUCAAGUAUGGCUACCCGCGAUUGACUUUGGACGAUGUAUACCAGAAAUUAAUGUUACGCCAAACUCGAAAACGGACGAGGAACGAGAAAGUUUCAAAUUAUUUUCAAAAACUUGGUUAAAUUGCUUCAAAGGGCGUGGUGUUAUAGAGCAUGGUGAUGGUGGGCUUAUUAAGUUUACGGCUAGAAUGGCUGAAUUAGUUAAUCAACGUAUUGAAGGGAUGAUAAAUGAGUUGGAGCAAAUGCGACGUAUAGAAUUAUUCGACGAGGAAGAAAUAAGAGAUAUUUCGCGUAAACGCAAAGAAUUUGAAUAUAGAAUACAAAGAAGAGUUAAAGAAAAAGACGACUUUGUUAAAUAUAUUACGUAUGAACUAACACUUCUUGAAGAUAUUUCACUGCGUAGAAGGCAAACUAAACUAGUCGAUAAACGUAAAGAAAUAGAGUAUGCUAUUGCAAAACGUGUAAACAAAGUUUUUAAACAGUUUAUAAUGCGAUUCCAAAAUGAUGUAGAAAUAUACUUUGAAUAUAUCAAGUUCUGUAAAAGUGUUGGAUUUGAUUAUGCAGUGUCAGCUAUUAUUGGACAAAUGCUACAAAUUCAUGGAGACAAACCUAAAACGUGGCAACUAGCUAGCAUUUGGGAGAGUAAAGAAAAGAAAAAUCUAGAUACAGCUCGUUCAUUUCUCUUGAAAGGCAUUCAUAGACAUCCUCAGGCAGAGGUUUUAUAUUUAGAACUGUUUGAAAUUGAACUCAAAAUAGCCAAUAGUGCAGAGAAUGAAGAAGUAAAGGAAAAGUUUUUAAGACGAGCUGAAGUGGUUUGGAGAAAUGGUAUGAAAAAUAUUCUCGAUUCCAGUUUUUUGUUUAAAGUUUGCGAUUUGUCAUUGAAGUAUAAUAAUGAUGAACUUAUCAAAACUAUUCAAGAAGAAGUUUGGAAAAGAAAGGAGGAUAAAAAUGUAUGGGUUUACAUAGCAUCAAAAGAACUUGAGGGUUAUCACUGGAAUGAAAUAGAAAAGUUUGUUGAAGACAAUGACCAUUAUACUAAUGAGCUGAGAUAUUGUAUAGCUGUCUAUGAAGAGGCGUUACAACAGUUUCCAGAUGAACAGUUAUGGACAAAAUACAUUCACCAGUUACUGGGAUUAAAUGAUAGUAUUUGUACAGAUAACCAAAAGAUAAAUGUUGUAAAGCAUGCAUGGACUUAUGGCCAUGAAAAUGGAUUAUUAUCAAAUGAUAUGUACACAUUUGGGAUAUCUUUUCUAAAACUAGAAGAUGAAAUAUCAAAAGAUGAUUUUAUUGAGAUCUUGGAUACAGCACUGGUAAAGAUCCCUAAAUCUAAAGAAUUAUGGGAAGAAAAGUUGUUAUUAAAUAAAACAAAUGAAAGUAAAAUGCUAUCUAUACUGCAAGAUGCUAGUAAAACAAUGAAGGGGGAUGAUUUAUUACAUUUGUGGAAUUUUAUGUUGGAAAAUGUAGAAUCAACUGUAGUUUUCAAAAAUGUAUACAAAAAGUUUCAAUCUUGUGAGAGCAUAGUUGUGUUAUCUUUGAAACCUAAGUUUUUACAAAAGAUUUAUGAACAUAACGGCUUGAAGGCAGCCAGAGAUGCUUAUGAAGAUUUUAUUAAAACACCACCAACACAAUUACAAUUGCAUAAAAUUAUGGUUGAUAUAGAAAUGUCACAGGAGAAACCUAAUUUAAAAUCUGCAAGAAAGUGUUAUGAAUGCCAAGUACAACAACAUGGAAAAGACAGUGUUCAAACUUGGUUAGAUUACAUGGAGUUUGAAUCUCAAAAUGGUAAUGCCCAGGCUGUCCCACAAAUCCAUAGACGAGCCAUUGCGACUUUAAAAACAGACUUAGUUGAUGAAUUUGUUAAAAUACAAGCUUUGACAAAAUUGAAAUAAAUUUAAA